CGCUCUUUUAUGGUAGAUUUGCUGUCUUCUGCUUGCGGUAACUUUGUUGGGAAAGUGUAUUACACUGGGAGGUACUCCUAUGUGACCAUGGCCGGCACGGCUGCUUUGAUCCCACCGACUCAGCUGGUGAUCGCUACGUCCGCCCCGUCCUCAUCCACCAACUCGUCCUCUUCUUCACCCACUCCGUCAGUGACCCCGGCUUCGUCCGGUCCGAACCUCUACAGACCGGAGCCCAUUGCGGCCACCACGGUGACAUCCAGCCUCGGCAGCCCCGCGGCCACCAACAUCCCCAGCAGCAGCAGCAGCAGCAGUGCCCCCAACACCAACCUGCCAGGGAAGCCCGUCUACUCCACUCCAUCCCCCGUGGAGAACAUCCCCCAGAACAAUGAGUGCAGGAUGGUGGACCUGAGAGGGGCUAAGGUGGCCUCCUUCACGGUGGACGGCUGCGAACUCAUCUGCCUGCCCCAAGCCUUCGACCUCUUCUUGAAGCAUUUGGUCGGCGGGCUGCACACCGUCUACACCAAGCUCAAGCGGCUGGAGAUCACCCCGGUGGUGUGCAAUGUGGAGCAGGUCCGGAUCUUGCGAGGAUUGGGGGCCAUCCAGCCAGGAGUCAACCGCUGCAAACUCAUUUCCAGGAAGGAUUUUGAAACAUUGUACAACGACUGUACCAACGCCAGCUCCAGACCAGGAAGGCCUCCUAAAAGGACACAGAGCGUUACCUCACCUGAAAAUCCCCACAUAAUGCCACAUAGUGUGCCUGGCUUAAUGUCUCCUGGAAUGAUUCCACCCACAGGUUUAUCAGCAGCAGCCGCUGCAGCAGCCGCUGCUACCAACGCUGCAAUAGCUGAAGCAAUGAAGGUUAAAAAAAUCAAGUUAGAAGCUAUGAGCAACUAUCAUGGCAGCAAUACACAGCAUGGGGCAGACUCUGACAAUGGGGACCUCAACUCAAGUGUUGGGAGCAGUGAUGGUUCUUGGGAGAAAGAAAAGCUUCAGUCUCUCCCUACCCAAGGAUCACAAGCCUCUGUAAACCAUCCCAACUUGCCUGGACAGCAUAACCUUCCAGUUACUCAUCCUCUGAACUCUCUUCAACAGAAUCACCUGCUACCAAAUGGUUUGGAACUUCCAUUUAUGAUGAUGCCUCACCCUCUUAUCCCUGUAAGCCUACCUCCAGCUUCUGUUACCAUGGCAAUGAGCCAGAUGAACCACCUCAGUACAAUAGCAAACAUGGCUGCAGCCGCACAAGUACAAAGUCCACCAUGCAGGGUUGAAACUUCAGUAAUUAAGGAAAGAGUUCCAGAUAGCCCUUCCCCUGCACCCUCCCUUGAAGAUGGGCGAAGACCUGGAAGUCAUCCUUCAUCUCACAGAAGUAGCAGUGUUUCUAGCUCCCCAGCAAGGACUGAAAGUUCCUCAGACAGAAUCCCUAUCCAUCAAAAUGGCUUAUCAAUGAACCAGUUGUUGAUGGGAUUGUCGCCAAAUAUUUUACCGGGUCCAAAAGAAGGUGAUCUUGCUGGCCAUGAAGCUGGGCAUGAAGCAAAAAGGAUACAUUUGGAAAAAGAUGAGACCCCGCUCUCAACACCAACUGCAAGAGACUGCUUUGACAAACUCUCUCUGUCUGGACAUGGGCAACCACUACCUCCUGGUUUUCCUUCACCUUUUCUCUUUCCUGAUGGGUUGUCUUCUAUAGAGACACUUCUAACUAAUAUCCAGGGCUUGUUGAAGGUUGCCAUUGAUAAUGCCCGAGCUCAAGAAAAACAGGUACAGAUAGAAAAGACUGAACUGAAGAUGGAACUUUUCAGGGAACGAGAACUGAGGGAAACCCUAGAGAAACAAUUAGCAGUAGAGCAAAAGAACAGAGCAAUAAUUCAAAAGAGACUCAAGAAAGAAAAGAAAGCAAAAAGGAAAUUGCAGGAAGCAUUAGAAUUUGAGACAAAAAGAAGAGAACAGGCUGAACAGGCACUGAAGCAGGCAGCAUCAUCGGAAGGACUCAGAGUCCUUAAUGAAGCUUUGACCCCAGAGAUAGAAUCAGACCGCAACGGGGGCAGAACAGAUGCUGAAAGGACAAUACAAGAUGGCAGACUGUAUUUAAAGACGAGUGUUAUGUACUGAAUUUAGAGAUACAACAUCAAAAGGCCUUGUAGGAACAUACUGUAGACUAAUUGAAAAAUCCGAAGUCUGUGAAUGCUUUGAAAGCAUAAAAGAGUUCCUUUUUGUAUAGCAAUGUUCUUCAAGUACCCUACAUUGUCAGGCUGGAGACCUGUGACUACUGGAGAGUCUGUUUUAUAACUGUGUCAGUAGCGCUCCAUUUGUUGGAUUUCCUCCGAGAUGCUGCUGCAAUGAAAAGACUGUGAUGAUCAACAAACAAGACCCACUGUACUUCAUUUUUUAUGGAACUUGUCUGACAUUUCUCUUACUGAGCACACCAGAUCCUUCCAACAGCAGCUACUUGGGUAUCUGACACAUUUUAUCACACCUAAACCAGCAACAAUGCUUAGAUGUGAAAAAUUUUAAAAUUGAAGAAUUUUUAAAGGGCAUGCACUAAAAUGGCAAAACAAGAAAUAAAGAAAA